AUGAGUGACUCAAUAGACUAAUGUAAUUAAUAAUCUUUUUUUAAGUGGAAAACUUUCAUGGUCCCAAUUUGAUGAUGGUUUCUCAAAGAAUUUUACUUGGAGAUGGGGAUAUCUGCUAAAAAUCUCCAGACAGUAACUCAUUUACUGUUCGAGACCAAUCAAAAGUUUAAGACUAAAGCAAAGACCUAGUGGAUGCUGUACCAAUUGAUAUGCAUAAAUCAUAUAAAGGAUUGAAACGGUCAGAAUAUCAGUCCGCCUAUGCUAUUGAUGAAGAGUUAGAAACUGGAGGUAAGCCAUAAUUUUUAAAACUUAUUAUCUCUAAAAGUCUACAAAAUAACUUCAUAAAUAAUUUAUGGAACAGAAGCUAUUUAAGGAAAUUGCAUCAGCUAACUCCAUUUUAAAUUUAAGCACUAGAUGAUUUAUAAUUUGAAAAUGAAGUUUAUGCAGAAGAAGAUAGUACCAAGAAGCAAAUCAACAUUUGUGAAAUUAUUAGGAAGUUUUUCCUUUAAUUAGAAGUAUUCACCCCAUAUAGUAAAUUAAUUUUUAUUUGGGAUUUGUUUUAAAUUUUCACAUAUGUGUUGAUAUUUUUUUGGCUGCCCUACAAGAUCUCAUUUUAAUUAGAAAACAUCGGAUAACUCCUAAACCAAAAAUCACAAAAUCAAAUGAUUGAGAUCAUCCUUUUGACAAUUCUAAGUUUUGAUGUUGUGAUUGGAUUGAAUUUAGCAUUCAUUUAUAAAGGAAUAAUAAUCAAAGACAGAAAAAGAAUCAUAGUUAAUUACUUUAAGCAAUAUGCAUUUGUAGACCUUGUAAAUAUAAAGAUGUAUAUUAGUAUAAAAGGUCUCAAUAAGCACUGUUACAAUUCAAUUCUUUAUUUUAAAUGACAGUUAAUAAGAUCAUGAUAUUGACAAUAACCUGACCCUUCAGAUCAUAUUUUGUGCCAUAUUUUACGUCUUGAGAAUGACGAAAAUUAAUAAAAUCUUAGCGUAAAUACAAGAGUAUUUAUUAAAUAAUAUAUAAGAUUUUUCAAUUUAAAUGGAUCACUGAAUGAUUUAGUUGGGUUACUAAAACUCACAAUGAUCAUAUUAUUUAUUGCGCAUAUUUGUGCAUGUGUAUGGCAUGGAGUAGCCUUUUAUAAUGAUUCUUACUCUUGGUUGGAUGCUUAUAAUUUGAGAGAUUCAGGAAAUGGAUCCAAAUACAAUACAGCUAUAUAUUGGGCUACCAUGACAAUGACAACAGUGGGAUAUGGAGAUAUAACUGCAAAGAAUGAUGCUGAAUUAUUGAUUAAUAAUCUGACAAUGUUUAUAGCAUCAAUAGUUUUUGCUUAUUCAGUAAAUAGUAUAGGAAUAUUUGUGUCAAAUAUGUAUAAAGGAACUAUGGAAUACAGUAGAAGUGUUACUCUAAUCAAUACUUUUAUGUCUAAAAAUAGAAUUCAAUUUGAACUUCAGACUAGAAUAAGAAGUUACUUGGAGUAUAUCUGGUAGGAGGAAUAAAAUAUGAAUGAUGAUGAAGUUUCUUAAAUCAUUUGUAAAUUAAGCAGUCAUUUAUAAGAUGAACUCUAAUUUUAAUUAAGAGGAAAUAUACUCAGAAAUUGUAAAGUAAUGGUCAAGAUAUUUUCUGAAAAAAUGAUUAAGAGUUUAUUAGGAUAAAUGGAAGAACAGAGUUUUUCACCUGAAGAGAGGAUAAUUACUAUUAAUUAAAUUGAUGAUGGUUGUUUAUAUAUAAUUACAAAAGGAGAAAUUGAAUUAAUAUUUGAAGGCAUGAACAGUCUCAAUGAAAGAGUUAAAAGGAACAGUUUGAAAUAUCUUUCUUAAGGUGAUUUUUUUGGUGAACUUUAAUUUUUUACAGGAGAACCUAGAAAAUGCACUGCCAUUUCCAGAGGAUUCACAAAAGUAUUUAAAAUAAAAAGAGAAAACUUCUUGAAGAUAUUAUCCUCAUUUCCUAAUGAUUAUGAAAAGUUUUGUGAAGUGAAACAUUAAUUAAAAUAAGGGGAUUUUAAUUCUUUGUAGAUUUAAUGCUACAGUUGUUAAAGCACUUCUCAUUUAAUUGAUUCUUGCAAUUACCUCCAUUUUUGUGCAGAUAAGGAAGCAAUAUUAAAGAAAGAACUUUAUCCUUAUAGUCAACCUCGCUCCGGAACCAUAGUUCGAGGUGCAAAGUCAUACAAACACAAAUGGAAUCAACUUAAAUAUUUAGUUUAGAGAGCUAAAGACUUUUAAAAUGAUUUUUACUAAUAGCCAACCGAUAAUGAAAAUGAGGAAAAUGAAUAACCUUCACAAAUGGCUAAUGACAAUUACACUUAUGAAGACGAAUCAAAAGGUAUGAAAUUUUAAUUAUUGUCCUUAGUUGAAAUUGAUGUACCUUCAACACUGAAUCAAAGGAGUAAUUCAAGAACAUUGAGUAGAGUUAGUCAAAAGCCUAAUCAAGUCGGCAAUGAGGAAGAUGAUGAAUCAAAAUUAUAUACAAGAAAGGUAGUUAAUCCAAGAGGAACAGUGUAGACAGCAGGAUUCGGAAGUGCUAGUUUAAGGGAAAGCAAAAAGUUUGAAUUAACUAAAGAUUAUGAGAUAGAAUAACCAAUUUCUGAAGAAUCUUCAUCAGAGGAGAAAGAUCAAAUUAUAGUACCAUCAGUUUAAAAAACAUCCGACAGAACACAAAAAUAGAAAAUCACUUUUAUUAGAAAAGAAUCAUCUGAAGAAAUACCCAGACAAGCUUCUCUUCUAUCUAGAACACUUACUCAGAAUAGAUUAUAAUAAGACAUCUUGAAAAGAACUGCUACUCCUGAUAGGUUGGCUUCUGAAAUUGAAAUACAAACCAAUAAUAAUAACAAUACUAAUAUGAAAAGAUAAGCUGGAAAGAAACACUCAACAACUAAAACAAACACAAAAUAAAUUCAAGAACCUACAGAAGGCAAUCAGAACAUGACUUCAGCAAUAGAUAAUCAAACUUACUUACCAACUAUACCUUAAAUAUUUUCUCAGUUUGACAAAAUGUAGAUGUUUACUCAUUUUUUUCCAUUUAGCAAUUAUGAUAUUAUAAUCAAAAGAUAUGCAAGAAUACAAAAAUAUUUUGGUAAAAAAAGAUAAUAUCCUGAAUCAUCAAAAUACUCAUUUUAUUUUAUGACAAUUAAAAAAGGGUGGAAAUUAAAAAGGCUAGGAGAAAAAUUGCAAGGGUUUAAGUUAAUGGAGACCAUAAAAAAACCUUUUGGAAAAACAAUUCAAGGGACCAAAAUUAUAAAAACCAAAAAUAUUAUAAACACCUUAGGAAAUUUAGGAUAAGUAAGUCCUUAGCUGGAAAAUGGCUAAGGAAGAUUAGAUGGUCUUCUAUGA